AUGACUUCGUCGUCUCCAUCGAAUGAGCAUCGCGAAGUUCCCAGCAGCAUGACUUCGUCGUCUUCCUCGAAUGAGGGACAUACUGCCGAAGUUCAAGCCAACGAUCUUCCAGUCGCGACACCCAAGUUGACUACCCAAGCGCUGAAGUACGAGACGAUCUUCUUGGUAUACAAAGGCUAUCUCAAACUUCCCGCCGACGCUCAAGAUGACAAUCUUGAGAAUCUAAAACGCUUGUGUCUUCGCUUCAACCAAGUCCCUUCUAUUGAUACGGUCAACUGGCUCAUCCAAGAGGCGAACAUUAUCGACGAAAAGCACCGCUUGAACUUCGCAAUCUACCCUUUUAUGCAGGAAUUCAAGUUCUUGAUGGGCGCCACCGGGGGAAACAGACAGCCGCGCCUCUUCGUGGGCACACUGACUUUCAGCAACGGCAAGACGGAAGUUUGGGCUGGUUGGCCAAAGACCACGAGGGAAACGUGGUUCGCAACAACCAACAAGACUGAACUUUACGACGCGCCUGAAGAUGAGAAUGGUCAAACUCUCGCACUAGAUCUAAGCCCAGCAUGGCGCCAACGUAUCGCGUGGGACGAGCCUCUUAAAGAACUCUUCCAGAUGAGCAAAAUUCUCAACGGAAGACACAUUGGCAAGGCGGCUCAAGUGCAGGAUGCCAUCUUGCUCAGUGUCGCCAAAGUCGUGAUCCGUUUCUCAGGCCUUAUGAGAGCAGCUCCCGAUGCGCACGACCGGCGAGGACGCAUCUCGACUGUGUCUUCCAAGUUCACACAGCGUCCUUUCCACGACCGCGAACCGGAGUCGCCAGACAGUCCUUUCUUGGAAGCCUUUCGCAAACUCAACUAUGGACCAGAUCCCGCCAAGAGUGUCCACAGAUGCCACCCUCCCGAUUCAGACAACUUCAUUGCUGACGUCAAGGCUUCCGAUAGCAAGGCCAGCAACCAAGGUACUCCCUAUUGGGCCCCCAAGAGCGGAUUGGUCAUUAANGAAAAGAGCGAACAGGCCAAGAAGAGAAAGAUCAAGCGCUUGGCUCACUCUGACAUUGUUUCUGAUACUGAUCCUGACUCUGAGCCUGAAGGUCACUUGAGGCCACCAUACUCACGAGCCAUUGACGACGAGACUUUCUUUGCGAACAUUGAUGUUUCUUUUGCACUUUGA